UACAAAGAAAUGUCAGUUCUACAUUCGUCUACGAUACGAAUAAAAUUGUUAAUGAGAAAAUUAGUGUAAAUUCUAAUAUAAAAACAUAGCUGAUAGUUAAUUAUACCGUGACAAAUAACAUUGCACGGCAUUUUUAACCUCAAACCAUAUCGUGGUAAACUAUUUUACUACAAAAAAAUUGAGUCUUCCAUAAAGUACAGGUGCAUGUUAAGGAUCUCCAAUGAUGUCCCUAAAGCCUAGGAAUAUAGACUUCCAAGAGACAUGGGCGAAUCUCAAGGAGACAGUGGCUGGAGUUGUGGGUCUGAAAUCUGUGGACCGUAUGGUGUGGAACACUCGUUUCUCUGACGUGUACGCUCUUUGCGUGGCUCACCCAGAGCCGCUAGCUGAUCGGCUUUACGAUGAGACCAGAAACUAUUUGGAAGAACAUGUGUCCGGUCUUUUGCAACGCGUCCAUGGCACUACAUCGUUGGAACAGAAUGAUCACAACGAUGGGCUGCUCACGAGAUACGUGAUAGCAUGGCGUGAAUACAGCCAGGGCGUGGCGUAUCUUAAUAGUCUGUACUCAUACUUGAACUUGCAACAUGUGAAGAGACAGAAGGUGCCAGAUGCGGAAAUUAUAUACGGCUCGGCGGCGACUGUCAGUUGUCCCGAACACGAUUCUAGACAGCUUGAGGUUGGUGAACUGGGUCUCGAUAUUUGGGAGCGUGUCCUGGUCAGGCCCUUGGCUAACGCGCUGACGUCACGGAUUGUAAACGCUCUAGACGCGGCGAGGACUCAAACCCCUGACCCACAGCAUGCGGAUACACUGCGCACCGCGAUACACAGCACAGUACAUGUGCGCAGUUUCCGCGUGCGGUCGCCGCUGUCGCUGUACCAGCAGCUGGUGCUGGAGCCGUACCUGUCCGCCGCGGCCGCGCACCACGCGCGCCUCGCCGCCGACCUGCUGCAGCACGGCGACGUCUCGCACUACAUGAAGCACGUGCUAGAAGGUCUGGAACGCGAGAUUUCCUUGGGCAGCCGUUUCUUACACCCCUCCUCGUCGGAGGCUGUGAGGGGUUGCUACGAACAGUCCGCAGUGUCGGCUCACCUCCCGGCACUGCACGCAGAUAUAGAGAGACUGCUGCGCGAGGCGUGCCAGGAUCAUCCUGAUGCUGAACAGCGUCGCAUGGACCUGUCGCGCAUGUACCAGCUGAUCCGGCCGCUGGGCGCGGCGGCGCUGCGGCCGCUCGUGGACGGAGCGCGCGCGCAGGCCGAGGCCGAGGGGCGCGCGCUGCUGCGGGCCGCGCGCCACCACGACGAGGCACACACGCAUUUCGUGAACGCUAUGCUGUCCCUCCACGGGAAAUACAGUAAACUGUUCACCGAAGUAUUCGACGGAGCGCAGGCUUUCACUGGGGCUCUAGACAAGGCGUGCAGCGCGGUGGUGAACUCGCGCGGCGGCGGCGAGCAGUGCGCGCGCGCGCCCGAGCUGCUGGCGCGCUACUGCGACUGCCUGCUGCGCAAGCGCGGCGCCGGGCCCGCGCCCGACGGCGACGCCGACGACAAGCUCGCCGCCGCCAUCGUCGUCUUCAAGUACGUCGACGACAAGGACGUAUUCCAGAAAUAUUAUGCCCGAGCAUUGGCCAGAAGACUCAUCCAUCAACUCUCAGCUUCUAUGGAACAAGAGGAGGCGAUGAUAAAUCGUCUGAAGGCGGCGUGCGGCUACGAAUUCACCAACAAGUUGCACCGCAUGUUCACCGACGUGGCCGUCUCCGCGGACCUCAAUGCCAAGUUCCAACAGCACCUCAGAGACAACGACCUCACCAUGAACACCGGCUUCUUUAUACAAGUGCUGCAGGCGGGCGCGUGGCCGCUGGGCGGCGCGACGGCCCCGCUGGCGCCGCCGACGCAGCUGGAGCGGCCGGCGCGGCUGUUCGAGGCGUUCUACCGCGCGCAGUUCAGCGGCCGCCGCCUCGCCUGGCUGCACCACCUCUGCACUGGCGAGCUGCGCACCAGAUACACAGCCAGAGUGUACCACAUAAGCGCCACCACACCACAAUGCGCAUUACUCCUAAGCUUCGAGAACACUGACGAGGCAUCAGCACGGGAGCUCCGGGAGACGCUCCAGCUGAACGGUGACGCAUGGACGCGUCACCUCCGACCCCUACUGGAUGCGGGACUACUCCUGGCUACCGGAGAAGUGGAGUCAGAGGACGAAUCGGCCAACGGCACUCUAUCACUCAAUCUCAACUUCUCCUGCAAACGCAUUAAGGUCAGGCUUACGUGCGCCUCGGCCCCCAACCACCAGGGCAGCAGCGGCGGGGGCGGAGUGCCCGCGGACGGCGCGGAGCCGGCCCACUGCGACGACGACAGGAAGAUGUAUCUACAAGCGGCUAUCGUCCGUAUAAUGAAGCAGAGGAAAGUGUUGCGGCACACGGAGCUGAUCCAGGAGGUGGUCUCGCAGGCCCGAGGGUCCUUCGCCCCCUCUGUAGCUAUGAUUAAGAAGUGUAUAGAGGCGUUGAUCGACAAACAAUAUUUGGAGCGAGCCGUCGGGACUUUGGACACGUACUCAUAUCUAGCCUAGGAUUAGUAUUGCUUAAACUUGCAUUGAUGCGUUGUAAAGUUGCGUUCGCAAAGCCAACAUACGGGCAACUUUUGACGCGCAACAUGUAUGGCAACAUUGUACAACAGUGGGGCGUUUAUUUCCAGACAUUUUAAUGACAUGGUAAAGGCAAGAUACAGAAUAAUAUGAUGCUGUGUACAUUACGUAUUGCACGUCAAUUGUUGCUCUGUGCACGAGGCUUUAUUGUUAAUUUUGUUUGAGAGUUAUGUUAUUGCAUCUUAAACCUAAUUUCUUGUACUCAAAGCAGAAUUUCCCGUGUCAUGUGUAAAUCAGUGCUCGCCCUACCCUAUCGUUUAACUCUUAUUAUAGUUUACAAAACAAGGGCAUAAGGUCUUGAAAAAAAAUAUAUAUCAAGGAGUCAUCAAUUUAUUUGUAAAGAUUUGUAAUUAAAUAUAUUAAAUGACUGUUUGCGUUUGUUAGUGGUGACAUACCUCAUAUACUCAAUGAAGUGACCGUACAGCGAAAUAUUGAAAACUCAAGUUGCCUUUUGAAUUCGCCUAGUGUACAACGAGGAAUGCCGGCACAAUUCUAGCGACCAAUGAGUGACGCAACGUCUCUCGAAGUCGUCAUAGACUGCACAAUACUGACCGUUUUAGACGGAAUGUACACAAUUGGGACAAGUUCAAAACCUGAUAAAAUGGAAUGGAUUACUAACAGGAUGAAGGGAUGAUUUAUACUGGCUUGACCAGGAAAUUAAAAAAACGAGUUUUGCGAGCGCUUUUUCGUCACAAAAUAAAUUGUCAUUGAAAUUACUUCGAUGUAUCAACAUGGCGAGGUUUUUAUUUUACUGGUCAGGCUAUAAAUACUCCCGUAAAACUCAGUUCGUAAGUCGAAGUGAAAAUAUUACCGAUUAGAUCAGGAUAUGAAAAAUACAGAAGCUAUUAUUUUACAAACAUGCAUUGUGAUCACGUUCAUUCCUCAUCUAAAUACUCGAUCGCAAUCACGAAUAAUGAUUCUCAUACGUGUGAUAUAUUAAUUUUGCGUGACUCAUGACAUGUGAGCCACGCUAUGUAUCACACGUGACUUCAUAAUGUGUAACUGUACAUUAAAUAAGUUUUUAUUUUAUAUAAAAAUCAAAUAAUACAAAACAAAAAUAUUAUAACUUAAUGUAAUAUAUUUUUAUUUAAAAAAAGCAUAGACAGCCGAAACGAAAGGUUUAUUAAAAAAAUAUAUAAAAAAAAACUUACUUAAUUCUUUCUAAUUUUGUAAAGGUUACCCCUCAAAACUUGUUUUGUUUUAAACCUUAAUUUUUUUGGUCAUCGUGUGACGUGUGUAAACACAUUACUCGCGUCUCAUCUUACGGUGGAAUUGUCUGAUGUGCUAUCCUAACUCCUUUAUUUUCGCGGGGAAUCAACGCGGUAUCGUUACCGCCACUAAGGGGUGAGUGGAACGAUUACGUUAGUUUCAUCGGUCUUACGGCUUAAUGUCGAUACUCAGGAGUAUAGCAUCUACCGAGCAUUGGACCGAGUCCCUAACCCUAUGUAACCUAAAAUCCGUGGAGCGUAUAUAAGAACAUCAUGAACGUGUAAUUCACGUGUAUAAUAUAAGUUUGGUUCUCGGCUGUCUGUGUAUAAUUAGCUGCUCGUUUGCCGUAGAUGUAAAAUAUUUAAUAAACAUUGUACCGACAUUGUU